UCAAAGUGUUUGCUGAAUAUUACAGUUUAUGUAGAGCAUCAUAUGUAUACAAUUUGUUCUCAGCUAAACUAGUAUAUUUUAAAUUUUUACAUUUCAGAGGUGAAUUGUGUGGAAUUGAGCAAGCAAUGCCAUCAGCAUUUUAAUCUUCACAGCAGUUUAAUUCAAACAUACAUGAACAUUACUUUGUGUGCUAGAAAGGCUUUAUAAUUAGUAUAGACACUUAAAAAAAUAUUUGGUUUACUGAAGAUGUUUAUCAGGAAAACCUGAUGCUUAAAUUUAGGUGCAUUAAAAAGGCAGCACCCUGGCAUCUGGCUUUGACAGCUUUUGUUAAACUUAGCUACUGUCCUCAAAACUAAGAAUGCAAUUUAAUUCAGUCAGUGUAAGUAUACUAAUAGUAUUUUAAUAUGAAUGUGUUCUGCUUAUAUUUGACUUUCCCUAAAGGAAAGAAUUGCAAUUACUAAAAAAAGACCAACCCACACAUUAAAAUGAGCUAUAGGUCUAAACAGACUUUUUAGCUCCAACAGUUUCUCAGAGCUUUAGCUCAGGAAGCAACAAUACAAGUGUGUACAGACUUUUUUUUUUUUUGACAGCUCACAGAAAAUAUAUGCUAAUUGAAUCUCUUGCAUAUCUGCAUGCUUCAUCAGUCACCCACAUUGCCCGAGUUCCUCCAGUAACAAAGCUGGUUUCAUAUUUGCAGAUGACUUUGGUAGGUUGUACUAGCUGAAUACACUGCAUAUUCCUUUGUAAAGAAACCAAAGGAAUAAAUUAGUUGAGGGGGAAAAAAGAGGUAGAAGAAAACUGCCAGCUCUUCUGGCUUUUUCCGCCCCCCCCCCCCCCCCCCCCGCCCUUUCCAAAGAUAAAGAAGGAACUAAAAUCUAAUCCCAAACUGUAAAUCUUGCCUUUUCCCCUUCCUGUCAUUUUCUCUACAGAAGCAUAUUUCUACUUCUAGCUGAAAUAAGUACCUACCUAGAAGAUCAAUAAAGACAGUUCCCUUCUGCUGGGACCUGCCUUUUUCAAGUUAUUUUGGUGUUACUGCUUUGUUCUUGAUGAGUCCACUAUCUGGAAGUUGAGUGUUAUGAAACAUAAUUAACGGGGCUUAUUGGGUUUUCUUUAUUGUGUGUAUGAUUUUUUUUUUAAAUCCAAAUAUGCUGGAUAAUAAACAAGCUGGAUAAAUUUUCAUGAAUUUUUAUGUACUACUGUAGUCACAAAUAUAACACUGCUAGGAUUUUGUUUACUGUGUUGCUAAUGAUGUUUGGAUGUCCAAAACUUCACCUUCCUGGAAGGGUGGUUGCAGGUUUUUAUUUUGCUUUCAAAAUUUAAACCAAAGAAAAAUGUAAAGCUUCUAGUCAGACAUAAACAUCUACACUCUGGAGUAAUGUGAUGGUCAAAUAUUAAUUUUAGCACGUCUAUUUAGGGACAUAUUUUAUUUGAUGCUAAAUCAUGUAUCAUCUACAUAGUGGAGAGAAGAGUGCAGUGAAAUAAUAAAAAAUAUGAGCUUUGGUAUGAAGAAUGCUAUGCACUAAGGCCAAGGUAAAUUAGCACAGUCCUCCUUGCAGCCUUGUCUUAGUUUCUAAGGAGGAUAUUAAUUGCUGAUAAAAUCAGGGUAGGAAAGCAAUGCUUCCAUUGAAAUGUUAUGAUUUUGGAUAUUGAAGCAGACCUUACUUUUCCUAUCUUUUUCCAGCAUCAGGAGAGUGAUCCAUAUCUCAUUUACUUGAAAACCAUUAGUCACCAUUCUAGAGAUACGACUAAUUACUUUAAACUAAAAAUAGUAUUUUGAUAAAGCUGUGCCAUUUCUCCUGGGAAUUGUUUUAAACUUCCUGUAUGCCUGCUACCAAUUUCUGCAGUACGGCUUGGGAGGAAUUUGUGCUGCACUGUUCGAUAGCAACAGGUCUGAAGAGUAUCAAGGAUGAAAUUCUCAAGGGUCUUUAUGUCAUGGUUGGAAAUGGAAUCAUUACUGUAUUUUUGAGCUCCUGCUAACGUCAUUGACACCCACCUACAGUCUACUAGAAAUAUAAGUGCAGAGAUCAGGUUGUUCACAGAUUACGAGGAGACCAACCAAGAAGGGGCAAGCCAAAGCCAAAUUCCCUGGCAGUCUGUUCAUCUCCAGCAUGUGGAAAGUGCUGCUCCUGGGUCUGUAUGUAGUACUGGCUGUGAGAGGACUGGAAAAGGGUGCUCCUUUCCAACCAGAAGAUAAAUGGAAGCCUCUUGAUAACCCCAGAAACAGAGACCUGUUUUUCAGAACGCUCCAGGCUUACUUCUCGGGCAGGGGCCUCGAUCUCAGGAAGUUCCCAGCUACUUUCACUGUGAACAAUGAGGGACCAAGGCUCUACUCAGAUCCUAUUGCUUCUGCAUUUGCAGAUUAUGAAGAAAAGAAAAAAUCCUUUCAGAACUAUUUCAAAGGCUGAAAGGUUCUGCUGAUGAAGGCAUUAACUUCAGAACUCCAUGCCAAGUGGAAACCUUCACAGCAAAAUUUUACUGCUUUGACUUUUUAACUGUUACCUGACAAUUCCAAAGUUUCUUCACUGUCACCGUUUGUGCCGAUGGAUCCUGGUGUCCUGCUGCAAUGAGCAUUAUUGUUUCUGUUGAGAAAUGUCUGCAGUCUGUGAGCAAUAUUGUGCUUAAGUGUGAAUAAAUGGGGAGUGCAACAGCGCGCAUUUAACUCCUGCCACGUGUCUUUGUUCAAAGCUGGGAAAUAAACGUUGCCUUUCAGUCUAUUAGAA